AUGACAUCUAGAAUUUGGACGAAAGUUUACGACUCCUUGUCACGACAAAAAAGUCUUACAAUACGGAUAUUAAUGUGCGGCGAUACUGACCACUGGAAAAUUGUCCACUCCGACGCAAAUGAGAGCACCUGCCAGCCGAUGAUGCCCGGGGAUUCCGGUUCCUAAAGUCACCAUGGAUUUCCUGAUCGGCCUCUGUCAGGAGCUGUACAACGCCACCUGCUCCGACGCCCAGAUCAGACACCUCAUCCGGGCACUUCAUGCCUUCAAAUAUAACACUAGUGGCGAAGGGCCCCCCUUCGACAUUUGGCGGUUUCUUGAACUGUACAUGUAUCCAAGGCGGGAUAGUCUUGCAGUGGUUAUACCGAUCACCAUCAUCUACAGCAUUCUCUUCGUCACGGGCGUCCUUGGCAACAUCUGCACGUGUUUUGUUAUUGCUAGAAACAAGUUCAUGCACACAGCGACGAACUACUACCUGUUUAACCUGGCUGUGGCCGAUCUUCUGUUGUUGGUGAUCGGUCUUCCGCCAGACCUGUAUACCGUGUGGUCACUCUACCCAUGGGUAUUUGGAGAGACGCUGUGUGUUAUACGUGCCUUUGUCUGUGAAAUCUCCACCAACACAUCCAUCUUGACUAUCACAGCUUUCACUGUUGAGCGAUACAUCGCUAUAUGUUUCCCGAUGAAGGCUCAGAAGAUGUCAAGUCUCCCGCGCGCGGCCCGCGUGAUCGUUUGUGUUUGGGUAGUAGCCGUGUGCACCGCCAUUCCUAUCGCGGACCAGUACGGUGUGGUGAAAAUCAAGGACCCUAAAAAUCGGACGAUAGAGGAGUCCGCCAUGUGCGCCUUCAAGCACGAGCCGAUCACGGGAUGGUUCCUUGCAUCCACCUGUUUCUUCUUUAUCCUCCCAAUGAUUUUCAUCAGCGUUCUCUACAGCCUAAUUGCUGUCGCCAUACAUCGAUCUACCAUCGAUGCUCCCAAAAUACACAGAUCCUCCUCCGACACUUCAAAGGCCUCUAAAGAACAGGGUACCUGUUUACGACACGGUAGAGGGCGCUCUGAUGGCAGCAUACAGCUGCAGACAAGGGCCAGGCGUUCUGUCCUCAAAAUGCUGGUGGCGGUGGUAGUAGCAUUCUUUGUCUGUUGGGCGCCAUUCCACGCGGAGCGGAUGAUGACGGUCUCCAUCAGCGUGUGGACAGAACCAUUACUCCGGAUCUACCGAAUUCUUUUUUAUGUAUCAGGAGUUUUCUAUUUCAUUAACUGUACCGUUAACCCUAUCCUGUAUAGUGUGAUGUCCUUCAAAUUCAGACAAGGCCUACGAGAGACGAUCUUAAAAUCAAAGUGUUGCCGUCGACCCAUAAAAUUUAGAAGGAAGCUUCCAUUCUCGAAGCUGUUACAGGCAAACAGUCACACAGAAACGGCCUACACAUCUAUGCCGCCUCGAUUUGCAAAUGCAGCGGGACGGAAGUCACAAGAGCACGAGCUUAUUCCCCAGAACGAGGCUCAGAUAUCCGGAAGUCACAGUCCUGCACCAUCGAUAAGUGGAAGUAGUUUGAAAUCAACGGACGGUAUGAGUCAAGAGGAAGACCUACAACAGGUACUUCUGCAGAUCAACGUCAUCGAGAGACAGCGUAUUAAUGACGUCAGUCAGAACUCAGGGAAAGUUUGUAAUGAAGAGGGUCUCAGGGAAAUUCGAUUCUGAAUCGUACUUUUUUCAUUAUAAGGAACCUGUGUGUUUUACAUGGACUUUAUCGAUCUCCUUUAUCAGGACUAGACGCAUUAACUAUUUUUUGUCAAAUGCAUGGCUUUCUUCAUUGUUUUUCAUAACAAAAGUGGCAUUCAAUUUGUUGAUCUUCUUCCUACAGACCUCUUUGUAUUUGUA